AUGUUCAACAUAGAUACAACAACUUCCAAGUCGGUGGUUUACCCAUCGGUUGAAGAGUUUCAAGUCGAACGGAUAUUUCCCAUUCGAAAUCUUGUCAAUGGAAGAAAUUUCAAUGCAGAAUCAACCUCGCAGAAUACCGACGAUGUUUCUUCAUCGAAUUCAAGCUGUCGAGAUCCUCAUUUCGCUCAAGAGCCUUACGACAAAGAUGACAUUUUGAAUGACAGCCAUUCCGAUGGCUCUAGCGAAACGAACUUCUUGCCACCACCUUACCCACCAAUACCUCCCGAUGACCAAAUUCGCAGAUUACCUGAAAAUUCAAUACAUGACCAUUCAACAGAAAUUGGCGGUGGUGAAGGCCCAUUCGAGAAUGAAGAUAGGAAGAUAUCGCAACGUUCACAAUUGAUCCCUUCGAAAUCGGGUCCUCCAGGCAUAGCCCCCGGCGAACCUGUGAGCACUGAGGAGCGGACAUUUUUCAAAUGUGAAGAUGAACCUAUACAUAUUCCAGGAGCAAUUCAACAGUAUGGUGCAUUGCUAGCCUUGAGAUACAAUGAUCAGGGAGAUCUCAUGGUUCGGAUUGCCAGCGAGAAUGCGUUCAAAAUAUUGAAAUAUACUCCAGAACAACUCUUCUCGUUAAAUUCUUUCCUUGACCUUCUUGGCGUUGACGUUCGCGAAGACUUUAUCGCACGAGUGGAUCAUGCUCUUCGGGCUGUCACCAAAAACCCAUCUUCCGAUACAAAGCUGGAUAUCUUCUCCAUGUCAGUUGUUGCACACACAGGAUUGGUGAAUCUUUGGUGUGCGAUUCAUAUAUCUAAAGGCACAGAUGAUUUGAUCAUCUGUGAAUUUGAACCGUUUUCUGAUGAAAUGUUUUUUUCUGAUGAACCUCAUAAUACCACGAACGAUUUACCCAAGUUGCCGACACGAACUAUCGACAAUGAAACAGUACUUGGAGAGCGACUGAAAAGUAUCUCCAGUGGAAGCCAACCUCUUCGCGUCUUGCAGAUUGCAAAACGAAAAGGCAGACAUGCUGUUGGUUCUCUGGAAGUAUUUAAUGCUAUGACACAAGCACAAGAACAACUUGCUGCGUGUACUUCGGUUCAAAAGCUUCAAGACGUCUUGGUGGGCCUCAUAUUUGACUUGACGGGCUUUCACCGAGUCAUGUUCUAUCGAUUCGAUUCCACCAAAAAUGGAUGUGUGGAGGCUGAGUUACUCAAUCCCAAAGCCAGUGAUGAUAUAUUUAGAGGACUGCAUUUUCCAGCUUCGGAUAUCCCUAAGCAAGCUCGGGAAUUAUAUAAGAUUAACAGGAUCCGAAUGCUUCAUGACCGAGAUGAAGAGACCGCACGACUAGUCUGUCGUGAUCAGUCAGAUUUUGAAAAGCCCCUCGAUUUAACGCACGCUUAUUUACGCGCCAUGUCGCCACUUCAUCUGAAGUAUCUUUCGAAUAUGGGAGUACGGUCGACAAUGUCAGUUUCCAUUGUAAUUGAUGGCGAUCUCUGGGGACUUAUUGCAUGCCAUGGGUAUGGCAGUCAUGGCACCCGCGUAACUUUACCAAUGCGCGAACUUGCCAGAAAUAUUGGAGAGUGUGCCUCAACAAAUAUUGAGCGAUUGUUGAUGCAUCAACGUAUUGAAGCUCGCAAAGCACCACGUCAGAAUCCAGGAAAGACACCUUCUGGUUUUAUUGCGGCAUCUUCCGACGACUUAUUACGAGUAUUCGAUGCCGACUUUGGUCUUUUGAAUAUUCAGGAUGAAGCACGAGCUAUUGGAAAACUUCACCCCUAUCGCGAGGCAUUGGCGAUUCUUGCAUAUCUACAGUCUCGCCACUUUACCGAAAUUUUCUCCACGCACAAUAUCACAAGAGACUUGCCGAAGUUGAAAGAUUCUCCAGGAAUCAGCGCUGUAGCUGGAAUACUAGUCAUACCUCUUAGCACUGGAGGGAAUGAUUUCUUGGUCUUCUUCAGAAGAGGUCAACUUCGCGAAGUCAGAUGGGCGGGUAACCCUUAUGAAAAGAUCAAACCUGCAAAAGGGCAGUAUCUAGAGCCAAGAAGUAGUUUCAGUCGCUGGACACAGACUAUCAAAGGCACUUCUAAAGUAUGGAACGCUGAUGAUUUCGAGACUGCGUCUGUGCUAAGUCUUCUGUAUGGAAGGUUCAUUGAGAUCUGGCGACAGAAGGAAUCAACAGGACUCGAUCGAAUGACUCGCCUUCUAUUGAAAAAUACCAGUCAUGAAGUUCGCACACCUUUGAAUGCUGUUGUUAAUUAUCUCGAAAUGGCACUUGAAGACAAAAUCGAAGGUCCAACCCGCGAAUUGUUAGACAAAGCUCACAGAGCUUCAAGAUCCUUGGUUUAUGUUGUUGACGACCUCCUGAAGCUCACCAAAGCCGAAUCCGGCCCGGUAAAUUCCAUGAAAGAUGUUUUCGAUCUUUCAGCUACAGUUUCAGAAGUCAUGUCAGCCUUCCAAAAAGAAGCAGUCCGGAGGAAUCUAGAUUUGACCGUCACUAUUCAACAAGGUAUCCCGGAAAUGGUCAGGGGUGAUGCUACCCGAUUGCGACAGGUUAUUUCUAAUAUUGCAAGCAACGCAUUCCAAAACUCCGUGGCCGGUGGUGUCAAAAUCGAUAUCAAACCCAUACAGGUAUGGCCAGCCAGCACUGUUAUUUCUCUCACUGUUCAAGAUGUGGGAAUUGGAAUGUCGGAGUCACAGCUUGAUGAACUGUUCCAAGAGUUUGAGCAAAUAUUGGAUGAGACUGAUGGCUCUACAAUUAAAAAGUCGGCACAACCACUAGGUGAUGUGAGAGAGACACUUGGUAUCGGCCUUGCUGUAGUUGCGCGAUACGUUCGUAACUCCAAUGGUCAAAUUCGAGUACAUAGUGAGGUAGGUAAAGGGACUAUAUUCGGUAUUGAGUUACCUUUUGAACAUGCACCAGCUGCAUCGAGUGCUCAAGAAAUUCCAAUCAGUAGUACUGCUAGACAGAUUCGUCCACUUUCAGAUUCUGGAAGCAAUUACGAUGAGAGUGAGAGAAUGAACUCUAGUCAUACGAUGUCGACUUUUGGAAGCACUCCGUUAGCUACACCGAUCGAAGAGGGUUCAUCUCUUACUACAUCAUUUUUCGAUCUCGCAAUGCAUUCGAAAGAAGAAUUUAUCGAGCCACCAUCCAUGCGCCGAAGAUCGAGCCUACCUUUCUUAACUAUGAUCGAUCUUAUGUCAACAAAAAAGUCGCUUUCGAUUCUAAUCGCAGAGGACAAUCCUAUCAACUCAAAGCUUCUGUAUAAAAGACUCAGCAAACUUUUACAUAAACCUGAAGUUACAUCUGAAGGGCAAUCAUGUUACGAUUACUACACGUCUGGAAACAAUGAUGUCGAUGUCAUCUUGAUGGACUUACAAAUGCCACUUGUUGAUGGUACGAAGGCGACGAGAAUGAUACGCAAAUUCGAGAGGGACAAUCUCAGAUUACAUCAAAUCAGGAGGAGAGUUCCUAUUAUUGCUGCUUCAGCCUCACUUACAGAGGAACAACGAUUUGAUUAUAUCGAAGCGGGCUUCGAUGGCUGGAUAAUGAAACCUAUCAAUUUUAGCCGGCUAGACUUUCUCCUACAAGGAUUAAAUAACCCUCAGCUCAAACAACGGGCUCUGUACAUUCCAGGGAUGUGGGAAUUGGGUGGAUGGUUUUUCGCUUGA